AUGCUUCUGUUGGCAAGACCUGCUUGCUUAAUCAGAGUUGAAUUCGCUACAAAAAAUGUCGUGCUCAGACAAGGUGGUACAGUUAAAGCUUAGAUUUGGGAUACUGGUAUUUCAUUUUUUAUUAACUAUUUUUGUUAGCUGGGACUGAAAGAUAUAGAGCAAUUUGUAGCGCGUAAGAAAAUGAUUAUUAGUUAUAAAAAUGGUUUUAGUCAUUAUAGAAGAGCUUUAGGUGCUUUACUGGUCUAUGACAUAACAAAAGAGAUAACAUUUAGCAGCCUUAGAAGUUGGUUAGAUAAUUUAAAAACUCAUGCUGAGCAAGACAUUUGUAUUAUGCUUGUGGGAAAUAAAUUAGAUCUUGUGUAAUAGGACCCAUCAUUAAGGGAAGUUCCCACAGACGCUGCAAGAGAAUUUGCUUAAAAUGAAGGACUUAAAUUCAUAGAAACUUCUGCAUUAAGCAACAAUAAUGUGAAAGAAGCAUUUGAGAACUUGCUUUAAGACAUUCACACUCAAAGAUCAAAAAUGCCAAAAACAACUCCAAAAAACCCACUUAUAUUGGGAGAGGAUACUCAAACUCCAGGAAAUAAAUCCGGUUGCUGCUGA